CUUCCUCUCUCUCUCACACUUGCCCCAGAUUUAGCCCCUAAGCCAGCCGUUACUUGUCUCUUUCUCUCUCUCUCUGGCAUUUUCCCGGAAAAAAAUAACCCUCCCUCUGUGCGAAAGUAUUCCUUGAAUGGUCAAUUGGUUCUUCAAUAGACCUUCAACAAAAAUCGUCGUCUCCAUCCCGUGUUGACCAGAUCUUUAUACUCUCUCAUAUCAAUCAAAUCUUCAUCUGAUGCUACGAUCAGAGGAAGCCAAUUCCACCACCAUGCGCUGAGGGCGAAGGAAUAGAACUCUUUUUUGUUUGUUUGUUUGUUGAGAAUCUGGAUCGACGUGAAUCUGGGUGGGGGUGAUAAAUGGGGUUUUUGAAGAUAGUGGCCAUGAUUCUCAGUUUCCAUGCCUUCUUCCUCCUUGCUCAAUCACAACAACAACAAGAUCAAUCUCAAUCCCAAUCCUCUCCUCCUCCGCCUUCAUUUUGGGAGCCGCGAUCUCCGCCCCUCGAAUCUGCCAACACGCCACCGAUUCCUCAAUCCACCGUCGGCAUUAUGUCUCCUCCUCCGCCACCACCACCCUCACCAUCACCUCCUCCUCCGCCGCCACCACCGUCUCCAUCACCUCCUCCUCCUCCGCCGAUUCAAAAAUCCCCUCCUCCUUCUCCGAAUGCGCUAGCUUCUCCUCCUCGGCACUCUCAUCAUAGAAACAGACCACGGAGGUUACGGCCUCCACCUCCUCCUCCGCCUGCACGGACCUUCAAGCAGUCAGGAGGGUUAAACACGGGGAAAACGGUUGGUCUGGUGUUCGCUGGGAUCGCAGCAAUGCUGCAGAUCUGCGUCGUUGCCUUCUUGCUUUUCAAGAGAAAUCAGCUCUUAAGGAUGACUCAUACUUACUGAUCUGCAGAGAGAGAAUUUUAUAUAAAUCUUAUUUCAUUGAUUUUUCCAUUCAUUGCCUUGGAAAAGAAAAAGCAAAAAAAAACACACACUUUUUUGAGACGAUCAACGAAGAUAUACAUCCUUGGAUCAACAACUUCUUCUUCUUCAUACCAUUUUCCUCUGUAAAUGAUGAAUACAACAUUCUCGCGAUUUCACAUUCUUUUUUCUCUUUUUUCUCUGUAGUUUUUUUUUUCCACUUACAUGCCCUAACGAGAUAUGUGCUAACUAGAGUGAAACCCACCAGAGGUGGAGAGAAAGAAAGAUUAGAAUGGCUCUGUCUUAUAUUAUGUCAAUUGUAUAAUUGUUUUAGGGAGAAAUUAAAACCGAUAGUAUCUAAUUUCCGUAUUGUUUUGAGUUCUGAAAAAUUGUCUUGUUCUUUUUGAUGUUCUUGUUACAUUCUUUAAAUGAUUCAGAAAGGUUUGUCCCCUGUUUAA